GCCUUGCAGUAGCCAUCAAAUAGUGUCCCUAACUAGAAAAGGGCGUCUUUGCCAUUCCCUUUACACGAGAACAAUACGAUGUGCUGUGGCAUGUUUGGUGCCACCCGCGAUUCAUGCUCCAGUUUACUGUCACCGAUAGCGGCGGCAAUUGAACAUUCUCGGCUAUCAAAGCUCGGCCUUCGAUCCGCGCCUCUCCCAACCCCUCAUUCAGGGCCCUCUCAAUCGACCUUAUGAACCAACUCAUCUAAACCUUUGGAUGUCUACCUCCGUACCUACGGAAUAGCCCAGAUAUCCCAGUCCAGACACGACGCCGACGAGUACCUCUCGAACAGGAAUAGCUCGUGCUCUGUUACCUACCUAUCUUCAAGGUGCAUACCAAAAGUCUCGAACCGCUUGCAGGUCUGUUACAAGGGUCCAACUGUCAAGAUGGUCCAAUACAGCAUUAGAAGCACAGACAACACCACCCAGGGCCGCCUAGCUCUAGUGACAGGGGCGAGUGGUGGCAUAGGCUCAUCUGUUGCCCAUGCUCUCGCCGCAGAGGGCUGCGAUGUCGCACUACACUAUUCGUCAAGUCAGGCGAAGGCGGAUGCUCUAGCUCAACAGCUGCGCGACAAGUAUCCAUCGCAGCUCUUCGUCCCCUUUCAGGCCGACCUUUCCUCCAGGGAAUCGACCCGGAACCUGGUGCCCGGCAUCUUCGCCAACAGCGAUGUCGCGCAGAAGCACAAGGCCGUCUCGGUGCUCGUCGCCAACGCCGGACUCGGUCGCCGGAUCCGCGACCCGGCGGACAUUGGCGAGGACGACUGGGACGAGAUGAUGGAGGUCAACGCCCGCAGCCAGUUCGUCGUGACAAAGGCCUGCCUGCCCGGCAUGCGCGCUCAGGGGUGGGGCCGUGUCGUUCUCGUGGGCAGCAUUGCGAGCCGCGGUGGGGGAAUCAACGGGUGCCACUACGCCGCUACCAAGGGUGCUCUCUGCUCAAUGGGUCUUAAUUUGGCCACGUUCUUGGCACCGGAGGGUGUUACCGUGAAUAUUGUGCUGCCCGCCAUGAUUGGGGCCACUGGCAUGAUUGCCACUCCGAAAUCAACAACCUGGGAUAGUAAAGAUGACCUUGAGGAGUUGAGGUCCACAGAUCCGGGGCUGGCCAUUGCUGCCAGCGUCCCGGUCCACAGAUUAGGCGCUCCCGAGGAAGUGUCAAACGUAGUCGUAAUGUUUGUCAAGACUGGAUAUCUUACUGGCCAAGAGCUGGUCCUCGCCGGCGGGUUGAAAUGAGUGCCGAACGAGAGGGAGGAGACUCCGAGACUUUUCUAACCCACCGAGGCAAAAUAGAGAUUGUUCGCCGAAUGGAACGCUAUUACUUGGGAAAAGAAAAUGGGAACUUUUCUGCUUCGUCGCAGAUGACGAGCAGGAGUUUUUGUCUUGUUGGUGAUAUCCACGCGAUUGGACAUGGAUGUUGAGACCAACCUUGUGUAGAGUUCAACAGGGUCUCGAAUCCUAUGCAGCUACUACUAUGCUAGUUAGUACGGAUAGGUACGGAUAGUAUUAGUGCAGAUCCUAGAGUGCUGUCAAGUACUCCCUACCGUUUCCCCCUUAGAAGUCAGCUGUGCCGCCAUAAACUCAAAGUUCAAAGGAAGAGGGGUUUUGGGGACGAGCUAGCUCUCGAUCGGUAAGACCUGCGAAUUAUACCC